AUCACUGCACAAAACGGUCUUUUUUUUGCUUGGAAACUUGAAAAUUUUGCAUUUCCAUGACUAAGACAUGAAUUUGCAGAAACACAAGCCAUGGAUAUGAAGUGGGUUAUUCUACUUCUCUUUGUUAUAAACUAUCCAUACCUUCAUCUAGCUGUAGAAACUGAUUAUGCGUUCGCUAAGCUAUCAACAACCUGGAUCAACAAUGACUUCAUUGCUAGAGGAAGAACAAACUUUGCUGAUGGUUCUAUUAUUAGACCUGUCCUACUUAACAAUAGCAACCCUUCGAAUUUUCCUGCUAUUGGUUGUGGCUUCUAUGGCAAUCGGACUACCGACUCUUUCUUCUUUGUUGUCUUUGCAGUGCAGGCGAUAAGUGAUUCCACAUUUGUUACAACAGUUCUUCCGCAAGUUCUUUGGACAGCUAACCGGGCCAAUCCUGUCAAAGAAAAUGCCACUUUACAGUUCACCAAGGAGGGGGACUUGGUGCUCACUGAUGCCAAUGGUACGUUUGUAUGGUCCUCUAAUACAUCAAACUCAUCUAUUACUAUUAAUCAAAUGAAUGUUAGUGGCAAUGGCACUCUUCAGCUUGUUAAUUUGGAUGAAUUUAACUCGUAUAGUGAUAUCGUUUGGCAAUCUUGGGAUCUCCCUGCAGACACAUGGCUCCCAGGGCAAAUAUUACAAUCAGGGCUGCAUAAACUAACAUCCAGCAUCUCAAUUUCAAAUUUGGCACCAGGUUCAUUUUUUUUGUCUAUAGAGAAGGACAAUUUGUAUGCCUUUAUAGAUUCUAAUCCUCCCCAGAUGUACCAUCAAAUUUUCCAGCAAGGGAGUGAAACCAAGCAAUUUAAAACUGGGAGUCUUAAGAUUCUCACAAGUGUUGAUGAAAUAUCAAUUAAUUUUGAGUCUGACACAGAGGAUUUCCAAUAUUUGAGACUAGAUCCAGAUGGGCAUUUGAGAGUCUACCAAUGGAUUCAAGGGUCAGUCUCAAUAGUUGAUGAUAUAUUAACCGACAACUUAGGGAAUUGUUCUUACCCCACAGUUUGUGGAAACUAUGGUAUCUGCUCAAAUGGAGGAAGUUGCAGCUGUCCUGUCGGAAAGGAUGGUGAUAAUCGUUAUUUCACGAAGUUGAAUUCAAGUCUUGGAUGUAUGGAAGCAGAUCAGUUGUCCUGCCGGUCUUCCCAUCUGCACUCUUUGAUAGAACUUGAUGAAGUUUCUUAUUUCAGUUUUAUCCCAGCUCUUUCCAGCACUGACAUAGAAAGUUGCAAAAGAGCUUGCCUGAAAAAUUGCUCUUGCAAAGCAGCCCUUUUUCGAUACCAUUUCAGCAAUUCAAGUGGCAAUUGCUCCUUACCAUCACAGAUUUUCUCACUGAUGGGAACUCCACAAGGACUAUUUUCUUACAACUCAACAGCAUUCAUUAAGGUGCAAAGAUCAUUGGUUGCACAAAGACCACCAUCUAGUGCACCAAGCCCACCAUUUAUUGCACCAAGCCCAAACGAUUCCAUGCCUGAGCCUCCACGAAAAAAGUCAAGAAUCAUCAUGAUAAUUUUGAUAUCUGUGCUUGUUUCUACAACAAUGGCAGUUUUCCUAAUUCGGUUAUGCAUACGAUAUAUUAAACAAAGUUCUACAGAGGAAAGGAGCGAGAACAAUGUAGACAGGGAUUGGGAGAAUUCAUUGCUUCAGGUAACAAACUUGCCGAAAAGAUUCACUUACCAAGAUUUGAAGUCUGCAACAGAAAACUUCAAUAAAAAACUUGGAGGAGGAGGAUUUGGAUCAGUUUUUGAAGGUAGUUUGAGUGAUGGUACCAAAGUUGCAGUGAAGCGCUUAGAUCGGUUUGGCCAAGGAAGAAAAGAAUUUUUAGCAGAAGUGAAGACAAUAGGUAGCAUACACCAUGUCAACCUUGUGAGGCUUGUAGGAUUCUGUGCUGAAAAUUCACACAAACUUUUAGUCUACGAACAUAUGAGCAAUGGAUCCUUGGACAAAUGGAUCUUCAAUAGAAAUCCAGAAAACACUCUUGAAUGGAAAAUUAGGAAGAAUAUCAUCCUAAAUAUUGCCAAAGGGCUAUCCUAUCUUCAUGAAGAAUGUAAAAUGAGAAUAGCCCAUUUAGAUAUCAAACCUCAAAAUAUUCUUCUUGAUGACAAAUUUGAUGCUAAACUAUCUGAUUUUGGUUUGGCAAGGCUGAUUGAUAGGAACCAAAGCCAUGUAAUCACUCAAAUGCGAGGAACGCGCGGGUAUAUGGCUCCUGAAUGGUUGAGCAGAAAAAUCACAGAAAAGGUUGAUGUAUAUAGCUUUGGUGUUGUCAUCUUGGAAAUUAUUUGUGGGAGAAAAAAUUUGGACCUCACUCAGCCAGAGGAAGAUGAUUAUUUACUUCUGCCCAUAGUGAAACAGAAGGCAGAACAGAAUCAAUUAAUUGACUUGGUUGACAAGUGCACCAACAUGCAACAAUGCAUAGAAGAAGCUGUUGAGAUGAUAAGAAUUGCCAUUUGGUGCUUGCACAAUGAUCCCACCAAAAGGCCUUCAAUGUCUAUUGUGGUGAAGGUUUUAGAGGGUGUGAAGACUAUGGAACCUGUUUCUGAUUAUGGCUUUUUGACAUCUACUGUGGUGGAAGCUCCUGCUGAAGUCGUUGUGAUACAUUCAGAACCACAAUCAGCAUCAAUACUCUCGGGACCAAGAUGAAGCAACAAAAGGUAAAUAGGACGUUUCAUAGCUGAAGGAUAAAGUGACCACAUUGAAGAGGCAUUUAACCUAAUUUCUGAGUCCUAGAUUGAUCAUUCAAUCGCAACAUCUAUCAGAAUAAGUAGACAUGAUGAUUUUUAAGAUUUCAGAUCAAGGUAUCGGUGUGGUUCUAGACAACAACAGUCUCAAUGAGAAUGAUUUUAUCUCUUAGGCAAUGUUUGGAUCUUGACUUGAUUGUUGAAAGUUUGAUGGAGAAAAUUUGUUGUGUUAAUGUGAUUUUUUUUUUAAUA